UAUUGGCGCUACAUUCGGAUUACUUAUCUCCUUCCUUUUAACUUCAUCAACUAACUUCUCUCUGGCCACAGAGACCAGGCGGGCAGCAACAACGAACAAGAGCGAGAGAGAAUGCGAAGCAUCACGCUCUCCGAGAGCGUCCUCAAGUCGCACUCGCUGCCUCCAUCUCCAAAACAUCCGAAACUCGCGCCCUGUCACCUCCUCUCCCUCAGUUGUCGCUUCAAGAACCGAGCUUUCAACCGCCCUGCUUGGGACCCAGUACCCAUUUUCUGCAGACCACGGGGUACAUCAGUGAUGAGAAUAGCAGUGCAUCAGAAGAGUCAUUGCAUAACAUGGACAAUUCUGGUGUUGCGCCUAUAUUUUCGGGGAUGAGUAACUUGAACAGACAAGAUAAUACAGCUGGAGAGAUUCUGUUGAGUAGUGCAUCAUUUGGUAAUUUGGGAAAGUUUGUGUUUCUCUUCGGAUUGCUCACGCUUCAAGGCUCUCAACCAGCAAUUGCCGGAGACAUUGCCAGUGGUUUGCAGUCGCUUCCUUACUUUCAGGACCUUGGUGAUAUUAGCACAGGUUUUGCCUCAGCAUUCUUGCUCAUCUUUUUCUCAGAGCUGGGAGAUAAAACCUUCUUUAUUGCGGCUCUUUUAGCAGCUAGGAACUCUGCAGGCAUUGUCUUCACUGGGACAUUCGGUGCACUUGCGAUAAUGACUGUUAUAUCUGUUGUUCUUGGAAGAACCUUUCACUAUGUUGAUGAAAUCCUUCCAUUCAGGUUUGGUGAGAAUGAUUUGCCUGUUGAUGACAUUGCUGCAGUUUGUCUCUUGGUCUAUUUUGGCAUCUCCACACUUGUUGAUGCCUCCUCCGAUGAUGGUCUUAAGGCAGACGAUGAGCAGAAAGAGGCUGAAUUAGCAGUUUCGAAAUUUUCAGGAAAUGGUGCUGGGAUAGUAGCAGCUGCUAGUACCGUUGUUAGUACUUUUGUUUUAGUCUUUGUUGCUGAAUGGGGCGAUAAGUCGUUUUUCUCCACAAUAGCCCUUGCUGCAGCUUCUUCGCCUCUUGGAGUCAUUGGGGGAGCUUUGGCUGGACACGGUGUGGCAACUUUGAUUGCCGUGCUCGGAGGUUCAUCUGGAACAUUCUUGUCUGAGAAGGCCAUCGCCUACAUCGGAGGUACUCUUUUCCUGGUCUUCGCUGCCGUGACAUUGUUCGAGAUCGUGACUUAGAGAGAUUUCCACGUGUUCUGCACAAGCAAAUCGGCGAGCAGUCAUCGGCUCGAGAAUUCGUCACGAAACAUCCAUGCCUUGCAAUUAGUAGGGCAAAUUGCUUAGUGAAAGGAUCAACCGCCAUUUCUUUGUUAGACACCACUUUCUGUUGGGACAAGGAUUUUCAUCAUUCUUUUGUUAGU